AUAAAUGACGCGCAAAUCGUAUUUGACACAUGAAGUCGAAAAAUUCGAACAGCAAAGAUGAAGUUUCUUGUGGCUUGUAUACUCGGUCUUGCUUUACUUUGUGAAGCUAACUCCCUUCGUAUAAAGGCAGACAAAACCACAUUAUAUACUGGAGCUUUUGUACCAAUUGAAGUAAUACCCACAGUAACAUUUCCUGUUCCUUGCAUGUAUAAUUUUGCGCCUGCCGUGAUGAAUAUGGCAGGAGGAGGAAGUCGUGGUCAGUUCUAUAUUUCUGGACAAACGCAAAAGUGGGUUUAUAAUAUAGUACCCCAUCAUGGUCAAGUUACAUUAAGAAUGGUAUGUGGACUUGUCGAAAGAGCAGAAAUCACGUUUACAUUUAAUUAACCAUCAUUAUAUUUUGAGCGAAAAGUUAGUUGUAUGUAACUUAUGACAUUGUAAUAGUUGAAUGUGCUGUGGUGGGAUAAAUAUAAUUAAUAAACUGAAUUAUUAUGGUUCUU